AUGGAGGAUAAUAUAAAAAGUUAAAUAAGAGCUCCUUUGCUGGAUGUUGAAGCUGAUACGAGCUAGCAAAGAGGAAGAAGGGCAUAUACUUCAAUUGAUUUGCCUUAACAAUAAAAUAUUUAGCAAGGAAUUAAGAAUCCUAAUUAAAUUUUAGAACUGAACUCGAAUGCCAAUAAUCAGGCCUAAGUUAAUUUCAGACACUCUGUAGGUGUGGUGAAUCACGGGGAAGCAAGCUCUGAUGACAAGACAGAUAUUUAAGCACAAUAAAAUAAUUUCUUAAUGGGAAUUUCAAACCAAAAUUAGAAUAAUUCCUUAAAUAUGGGUAAUGAAAAUUUUAAUGAAAAUGAAGAUGAGAUGGAGGAAGAAAACAUAGAUGAAGAAGAAAUCUACGACGAUUCUAAUUACGAAAUGUCUAAGUUAUUCCUCUCAAUAUUUAAUGAUAAUAGAAUCUUUUUAAUAGCUGUUAUUCUUUGUGAUGCAGGUAUGGGAGGUUUAUCUUAAUUAGUUUACAGUAAACGCUGUGAGGAAAUGUCUGAUUUGCAAUAUUGGAAUUUUCAAUGGGGAUUUUAUUUUUUUGCUAAAGCUGUUUAUCAUCUCUUUGUAUUUACCCAGUUUUUUUCAUCAGCAUAUAAACUUGAUAUUUGCUAAAAAUUGGGCGAGUUUCGCUCUCCUGAAGAAAAUGAACUUCGCCAAAUAGAAUAUGAACAGCACUAUACAGAUAGGUAGAGGUCUUAAAUUCGUCGCUCACUAGAGAAGCAAUUCCUUGAUUACUAUUACAAAAGAACUUCUCUAUUAAAGUGGGCAUACUAUAUCAAAUCUUUAGUCACUCUCGCCUAUGUUAUAUAUGGCAUGGUCGUCUUCUUUAGUGGAAAUUACUUCUAAAUUUGGAUAUCGAAUAACUACAACCAACCUUAGUCCCAAUAGUGCGAUUAUGCGCUCACUUGGUGGGUUUAUCUUUCUAUUAUAUUCGUAAUAGCCUGCAAUAGAUAAAUAUUUGACUUGAUUCUCAUCAUUGCCAUAGUUUUGCCUCUAGCGUUGUUCAUUUACUUCCCUUACAUGGUUUACAAAAACUGUAAGAAGAAAAGAAAGAGAAAACAAAUCUUUAAAAACUUUAAGAAUUUGAAAUUUUAGGUUGGAAAAGUUUAAGGGGAUACUGAAUGCACAAUAUGUAGAAUGGAUUAUGUGAUAGAUGAAGAAAUUACUAUCUUACCUUGUAAUGAAUUACAUCACUUCCACAAAGAUUGCAUUAUGUCUUGGCUUAAUGUUAACAUGACAUGUCCUCUCUGCAGACACAAUUUCGCAGAAGAGAGCAGUGAAGAAGAGUAAAACGAAUAAUAAAUUGUUCCAGCUUAAUAAGGCCAAUAUGUUCCACCACUACAAAAUCAAUAACAAGGAUAAAUUAUUUUUUAAAACUAAUAUCAGCAGCAAGGAGUUUAAAACUAAUAUAAUCCUUAGCAAGGAGCUUAAUAGCCAUACUAUUAAAAUAAUGUCCAAUAAAAUAACAUGUAAUAUAAUAAUUAAUAAUACUAAGAUUAAAUGAUUCUGAACUAGCUAAUUGAAAUGGUAGAUUUAUUCAAUGAUGUAGCAGAUCUUUAGAGAUUCUUAUAAUAAAAUAACUACCCACCAGAAUUACAAUAAGUAAUAAUCCAACUAUGGCACCAAAGAUAAGCUGGGAUGAUAUGA